UGCAGUGCACAGGCACUUCUUUCCAGAAGGCAGAGAGCAAUGCUCAGUCUACUGACAGGCGAGCCAGCAGACCGACAAGAAGUCAGGACAUAUUCUCAUAGCACUAACAGACGGUAACACCACCAGUGGGUCUUCUGAAGCCCCACUUCCACUCUCGUGGGUGUGAUUGCUCCUGGAUGCACAUUCAACCCCCCUCUACUGCUGGCAGUGAAGACCUGCAGAUGCACUCAACCACAGGUUUACUUCUCAACCCUGCAUCUGUCUCAACACUCACACCAAAGCUGUGCCCGCGGGAGGAGGAUACACAUGUUUUAUUGACAGAGCUACAGGUGGUUUGAGUUUUAGCUGCUGGUGGACUGGAAGGGUUUUUUUCCUGUGUGGUGAGCUGUGGCAUCUUUGGAACCAAUAUGUUGCCUACUGUUGUGGCAUGUUUGGUAUUCAUCCUGCUGAGCUCAGGGCAGGCCCAGGUUGCCACACAAACUCAGGGGCAGAGCCAGAGUCGGGACCAGGAGCAGGACAGCUCCGCCACCCCUUGGAGGCAGGUGAUUCAGUGGGAGAACAAUGGCCGGGUGUUUAGCCUGCUGAACAGUGGAGCUGAAUUUGUCCCUGCUGGGGCGGGGGCCGAGGACAGGAGUCCCAGGGUGGUUGUGGCAGAUACACGUGGGCGCUCUACACGUAGACCUCAGGGAGGCAAUGUCCGCCGACAGGCUCCAUCAAGAGGAUCCUCUGAGACUGUCCGUGGGCAGACAAGGCAUCCUUUUGGCUUUGGGCAAGUGCCUGAUAACUGGAGACAAACUGCAGGCAGCACAGGUGGCAGCCAGUUCCAAGGAUCCUCUACCACUCGCUUCAGGCCAUCCACAGGCUCUUCAUCAUCAUCUUCAUCAUCAUCCUUUUCUUCUUCGUCUUAUAAUGUACCAUCCUACCCACAGUACCCACUUCCUCCUCAGACUCCCUAUCAACCAUCACCUUACGACUCUAGUUUUGUGGAGGGACCAGUCAGGAGCUACGAACCACCUUUUCAGCCUGUCGCUGGAGGAUAUGGUGGUGGAGGGUACGGUGCUGGACAGGGGUAUACUGGAGGAGGGUAUCUAGGGGGUCUAGCCCCAGUAAACCCAGGCUCUCCCUCUGAUUUUACCGACGAUGGCUACAUUUACUACCCGCCUUACGGCUACGCGCCCAAUCCUGUGGUUCCUGCGCGCACUGCCCAAGCACCGUUUGCAGAUGGUCUGGACCACAGAUACACCCACAGCCUCUACAAUGCGGAUUCUUCUCCUGCUGUCCCUGUCCCUGAUGCCAACCAGGCCCCUCCUGUGAUUGUGGACAGGACAGGAGCAGCUGGCCAACCACAAGUCAGGAGCCCUCAAUAUGAGCAGUUUCCUCCAUUUGGAAGACCCCAGCCUCCUUUCCUGCAGCCCAUUCCUCAGGGCAGAGGUUCUCCAAACUCUGCCCUAGAGAACCCCAGUAUAAACGUUGGCAGUGUUUAUCGACCGCAGCAGAGAGGUCUGCCAGAUCUGGUUCCUGAUCCCAACUAUGUCCAGGCUUCCACAUAUAUCCAGAGAGCCCACAUGUAUUCUCUCCGCUGUGCUGCUGAAGAAAAAUGUCUGUCAAGCACCGCCUAUGGCCCCGAGACCACCGACUAUGAUGUAAGGGUCCUGCUGCGAUUCCCACAGAGGGUGAAGAACAAGGGGACUGCCGACUUCAUGCCUAACAGGCCACGUCACACUUGGGAGUGGCAUAGCUGUCAUCAGCACUACCACAGCAUGGAUGAGUUCAGCCAUUAUGAUUUACUGGAGGUCAGCACUGGCCGUAAAGUGGCCGAGGGACACAAAGCUAGCUUCUGUCUGGAGGACACCACCUGUGACUUUGGUCACCUGAAGCGCUAUGCCUGCACCGCUCACACUCAGGGUCUGAGCCCUGGCUGCUACGAUACAUACAAUGCAGACAUCGACUGCCAGUGGAUCGAUAUCACGGACAUCCAGCCUGGAAAAUACAUACUAAAGCUCCAGGUUAAUCCCAAGUUCUUGGUGCUGGAGUCCGACUUUACGAACAAUGUGGUCAGGUGUAAUAUACACUACACAGGACGUUUUGUUAUAACAACCAACUGCAAGAUAGCACAGUCUUGAUCAAGCACUGGAAAGCUGCCACGCUCGAGUGAUCCUGACUGCUAUUCCAUUGAAAUGUGAAUGGAAUCCAUUUGUUGUUGGUUUCGUUGUUGAUGUUGUUUGUCUGAUGUCUCUAAUAUUUUUGUGCUGUUCUGGUAUGCUGGGCCCACGGCAAAACAAGGCUUCUACUGGCACUGAAAAGAAUGAGGGGGUUUAAAAGUAGACACUCAUACACAUUGUUCUGUAAUGCAUACUGCACGUCCAUGUCCUGGUAAUGAAUCAGCAGUUUACAUCCCUGCAAUCGACGUUAGAAUAUCGUCCAACAAGCUUCGAUUUUCCUUUAGGAUUUAGGAUAAAACAUUGACUUUCAAAAAAGGUGUUGUAUCUUCAAGCAAAAAAAAAAAAAAAAAAAAUGAUGCAUACCCCCCGGAAGACUGUCUCUGCUUGAAUUACGAAUAAAGCAUGAAACAGUACAGGUGCUGAAAGGAGUGGUCCCAGACAAGUCAGGGUUCAGCUGCGGUCCAACAUAUAAAAUUAGGGGACAAAGUCUUCCCAGGUGCAUUCAUCCGUGCAGUGUGGGGACAGACAGAAAUGCCCAGUGACUCAGAAGAACUGUAAUGUGUUAGUUUGUUUGUUUUUUCCUCUUCACUGCCUCAGCGGGUCAGGCUGGGAUACUGUGAUUCUCUGGGCACAUCCUGUUUAAUGUUGUGUUAACAGCAAGAGGAAGACAGCAGGUCAUAUUUGCAUUUGUCAACGCAAUCAAAUUAUAAGUCAACAUACAGGCAGACUGUCAGCACAGGACCUUGCAUAUUAGUGUUGUGUCCCCGUUCGUCCUUUCUUAUUUCAGCAAAACAGGAACAGGAAGCUCAACUGGCAGAAAAAGGAUGCUUUCCAAAAAACAGAAAAAAACAACAACAACAAAAAAAAACAAGACUCACAGUAUGUAAAUUGUAUGUUUACGCUGUCUUGGGGGUCUCUUCUUCAACUACCAACACUGGUCUGAUGGCACAUAGGUCAUCCAUGUCACCUUUUGAAGAAUGUAUAUACAGAUAUUCCACUGAUGCAUGACUUUAAUGAUGGAGAUUAACUUGUUGUACCUGAUUAUACUUUGUUUAUCCCAGUUUGACAUGUUACUGUAAUUUGUGGGAUUCAGCGAACUGCUACAGACUUCGUAGAAUAAUGCAGAGCUUCAGAAAGACGUCUCUACCUACCUCUCUGAUCGAGUGAGCUGUUGUUUUCUGUGCAGUGUUUGAUUUCUGUUGAAAAUGCAGUUCACUGUGGCCUCUUACCAUUCUGUUGCAACACAUAGCUUAAACCCUUAAGAGCUAUUGAAUAUAUAUAUAUAUA